AUCUUAGUGAAUGCCAUGCUCUUUACACUACAGGUAGUCAAAAACGAAGCAUUCAAGCUCAUGGGAUUCCGUGCUACAAAUUAUCAAAGUUGAAGCGGUUAAGAUUUUCAACUUUUAGAGAGAGAAUGGCCCAAAAGGAAGGAGAGGAAGUUAAAGGCAAGACUUGGAAUUUCCACCUACUCUGGCAUUGUCUUUAGGUAACCACGAGAAACACGAAUUGUCUCUUUCUUUCUCUCUGUGUUGCAGAAAUAUUUAGUGAACAAAGCAGGAGAGAGAGAGAGAGAGGUAGAGAGGUUUCUUUCUUCUUGCAAACAGACUGAGAGUUAGCAAAGCCCUUUGAUUUUUAUACCACGUUACAGUAACAACCCAAUGCUGCUAAAGAAAACCAUCCACAAAACCAACAACCUCUUCCAUAAAACUCUUGAAAACUUCAAGAAUUUAUUCUUCAAAGGGUUUCAAAAGCUGCAGAAACCCACUUCCUUGAUCACCUUAUCUUGCAGCAAAGGAAAGCCACAACAUACCCAUCCAACAGAUCGACUCUACAUUGAUUUUUAUGAUGAGUGGCAGUCCACACUCCAAAAAGCUGCAAAGAGAAGCAUUGACAAAGGCAGUAUGAUCGCAUCCAAGGAAAAUGUGAAGCAAGAAGACACCAACGUUGCAAUACAAAGCCCUCCAAGGAGCAAACAAGAGAAAGCUGUGAAAGAGAAGAAGAAACCAGGAGCUUCCCAUCUUAGAAAAGGUGAUGUUAAAAACAAUAGUACAAGAAGUAAUGGUUUAGUAGAAAAAAUGAAAGAAUUGGAGAUGUUGGAUAGGAGUGAUAUGGAACAAGAAUUGGAUAUAGAAGAAGCAAUUCAUUAUUACUCUCGCCUUAGAAGUCCUGUUUAUCUUGAAAUUGUGGACAAGUUUUUCAUGGACAUGCACUCUGAAAUUUCUGUUCCUGAGCCUUCAGCUAGGAGUGUGAACAGCUCAAAGAGAAGAAUAGGGUCCAUGAGAUUAUAGAAUUUUUCAUGUUAGUGAACUAUAUCUUUUACCUUAUUUUCCCUUUUUUUCCUUCUUUUUGGAAAAUCUGGUUUGAUUGUAUUUCCAUAUUUGUAUUCCUCUAUUGCUUCUGAGAAUAUGCCUUUUUGUGUGAUUACUGAUUCAUUGCCUCAUUUUGUUCAUUUCUGUAUAAAGUUUCCAAUAAAAAAAAAAAAAAAAUUGAAAUU